GACCGAUUUGGUGAAUUACUUGCUUGGAAAGGGUAUCCUUUUGGUGAUCCACCCAAUGAUACUUUGGAGUCUGUCUGGGGGGAGCUUGAAAAGGAAGUUGUGACAAAUAUAUCCCGUAGUGUUGUCUCACUUGCUUCUUUCAACAGAGAUCACUCGAGGUCUUUUGCUUGCACAGGGUUGCUUAUAAAGUGGCAGGGAAGAGCCAAACGCAAACGCACUGUUGUCCUGACUUCUGCCAGUCUUGUUAGAAGCCGUGAUAAUGAAGACAACAUUGAUAAAAACUUGAGGAUUGAGGUGUUCCUCCCACCGAAUCAACGCUGCGAUGGAACAUUGGAAUUGUAUAACUUGCAAUAUAAUAUUGCUAUUGUCAGUAUCAAGGAACGUUUCAAUGCCAUUCGACCUGCAGACAUUCUCGAUAAAGAAAUGGAAGUGUCACCUGAAAAGGUAGUGGCUAUAGGGCGUGACACUAUACAUGGACUAUUGAUGGGCACAAUUGGUGAAGUGAAAAGUAGUAACGAGGAUUGCAAACUUAAUUGCAAAGAGCUUCAGUGUUCCACUUGUCACAUCACGAAGGCUGGGAUCGGUGGCCCUCUUAUUGGUUUUGAUGGAAGUUUUGUUGGCAUGAACUUUUAUGAUGGAAGUGAUGUAACUCCUUUCCUUCCAAGGGUUGUGAUCUUCAAUCUUUUAAGAAGAGUGGUUAAUUCCGGAUUACCAGCAGAAAGCGGAGAGUAUCCUAUGCCCAUACUUGAUCAUUUCAUGGUGGGGGAGAAAUACAGGUGGCCAGUGCCAGAACCAUAUUGGUAUCAUGGUGAACUUGACGUGGAUAUGGACGACGAUGAUUUCCCUGGGCUCAUUGGAAGGACACUCAAUUAGGCGGCCGUGCUAUUAACACAUCGAAAUAUAUUAGUAUCAUGGUGCACCAUGUGGAUAGAUAUGAUGAAGACUACCAAUCGGAUGUCAAGCCUGUUCUGCACAUCUUGCUAGUAUUUAAGUAAUCAGUUAUCAUUGCCCUUCUGUCUAAAAUGUAUGUAACUGCAGGAUCAUAUGACUGACAGUUGCCACUUUCAACUUUGCUAAAAUAUUUGACUUGAACAAAAUGCGCUUAGGUUUUGCCAUGCUUA